AUCUGUGGCUCGCGCUCUGCCAGCUGUCCUCGCACACUCGGCUGGUGCUGGGCAACGGUGAGAAGCUCCCGCUGAGGAGGAUCUGUGAGUCUGAAGAAAAAGGGAUUAAAACUGCCAACAUGGGGUCGAUGCGUAUCCUCAUCAAGGGAGGGAAGGUGGUCAACGAUGACUUCACCCAGGAAGCAGAUGUCUUCAUUGAGAACGGCAUCAUUCAGCAGGUUGGAAAGGAACUGAUGAUACCAGGCGGGGCUAAGGUGAUUGACGCCUCUGGAAAGCUGGUGUUGCCGGGCGGAAUAGACACCAGCGUGCAUCUGGAACAGACUUUCAUGAACGCCAGCAUUCAGGAUGACUUCUACAGUGGGACCAAGGCGGCUCUGAUGGGUGGCACCACCAUGGUGAUGGCUCUGGCCCUGCCUGAACAACACUGCUCUCUGGUGGAAGCCUACGAGAAUUGCCGAGCUCUGGCGGACGCCAAGGCGUGCUGCGACUACGCUCUGCACGUCGGGGUGACUUGGUGGGGACCGAAGGUGCGUAGUGAGAUGGAGACCCUGGUGAGGGAGCAUGGGGUGAACUCUUUCCAGAUGUACAUGGCCUACAAAGAUAUGAUGAUGCUGAGGGACUCAGAGCUCUACCAGACGCUGCAGACCUGUAAGGACAUCGGGGGCAUCGCUCGCGUCCACGCUGAGAACGGAGAGCUCGUGGCAGAGGGUGCCAAAGAGGCUCUGGAUCUGGGCAUCAGUGGACCGGAGGGUAUUGAGAUCAGUCGACCAGAGGAGCUGGAGUCUGAGGCUACUCACAGAGCUAUCACCAUCGCCAACAGGGCUCACUGCCCGAUCUACCUGGUGAAUGUGUCCAGCAUGUCUGCUGGAGACAUGAUUGCUGCUGCUAAGAUGCAAGGUAAGGUGGUCCACGCAGAGACCACAGUAGCUCACGCGGUGCUGAACGGGAUGCAAUAUUACCACCAGGACUGGGCUCAUGCUGCCGCCCACGUCAUCGUCCCUCCUCUCCGUAUCGACCCCAACACACCCAGCUACCUCAUGGGCCUGCUGGGCAAUGACUCUCUGAGUGUGGUGGCAUCAGAGCACCGUCCAUUCAGCAUCAAGCAGAGAGCUUUGGGGAAGGAGGACUUCACAAAGAUCCCUCAUGGAAUGGCUGGAGUCCAGGACAGGAUGAGUGUCAUCUGGGAGAGGGGAGUGGUUACAGGAAAAAUGGAUGAGAAUCGUUUUGUGGCAGUGACGAGCUCUAACGCCGCAAAGAUCUACAACCUUUACCCACGCAAGGGUCGUAUCAUCCCCGGGGCUGACGCUGACCUGGUGGUCUGGGACCCGGAUGCGACGAGGACGCUCUCUGUGAGCACUCAGGUGCAGGGCGGAGACUUCAACAUGUACGAGGGGUUGCGCUGCCACGGCGUUCCCUUGGUCACCAUCAGCCGAGGACGUUUGGUGUGUGAGAACGGUGUGUUCAUGUGUGCCGAGGGAUCCGGAAAGUUCUACCCUCAGCGCACCUUCCCGGACUACCUCUACAAGAAGAUGGUGCAGAGAGAAAAGACUCAGGGUUAUAAAGGGGUUGACAGGGAUCCCUACUCUGGUGAUGUGGCCAUGGUAGCAAACACUCUGAAGAAGGAGCUCGGUUUGGGCCCCAUAGACGGAGAUGCGUCCAACAAAGGCUGUCCUCGCGCGCACCAGGGAGUCCGAGACCUCCACGAGUCCUCAUUUAGCCUCUCCGGGUCUCAGGUCGAUGACCACAUCCCGAAGAGGUCCUCCGCCCGGAUCCUGGCUCCCCCCGGCGGCCGCUCCAGUGGUAUCUGGUAAACGCUGCAGCCGGAGCUUCACCCGUCCGAGUCUUCUUGUUUCGUAUUAUUCUGCGCAACCAGGAAAACUGCACUGAUUUUCAAUCACAGGAUUAAAGUUAAGAGAUGAAAAAUAAAUUGAAGCACGCGUCUGAUUGGUGAAGACCUAACUGACGAUCUGCCAAAGUGACUUUUACAAAUCUAAUUUGUGUCAUAAUUGGAGUGACUGACCUGAAUAAUUACACAAGAGUGAAGGGCUAUCUAUGAAUUAAAAUUGUUUUGCAAAAUUCAAGCUGAUCAUACCAACAUUGACAAAGUCUGCUCAUUAUCACCCUGCUCGUAUCCCGCGGAGAAACGCGAACUAAACAAACUGUGAAAGAUCAAAACCAGUACAGUUUUUGAUGGUUUGAACUGAUGUCGAUUGAAUUAUUUAAAAAUAUUAAACUGGAUUCAGUGAAAUAUCUAUCACACACAUUCAAUACACUGUAGGCACCGUAGCUUUAGGCUCACAUGAAGACGUGUGUGGAUUCUGUUUGUGAUUCAACACCCGCUGUGCUCAGGCUUCCUGCUGCACCGCGGGUUCCUCUCACACUGUUUUUAUUUCCAUGGGUGAACUGUGCUGUGUGGUGAUGAAAUCCAAAUGCUUCAAAAACACUGUGUGAUUUGACAGCUACACUAUCUAAAUAUCCAUCCGUUUAUCUUCACUGCCUCUGACUGAGACAACGCUCACAUGUCCCAGAAACAUCCUGCCUCACCUGUAACGCAGCAGGUCUAUACGGACUGAGUCACAGAAGUCAUUUCUGUCACGGAACGUUUCUAUAGACUUUGCAAAGUGCUAGAAGAGAAGUCCGUUUCUUAAAGGAAGAUUUAGUGGGGAUAUCAUGAAGGAAAAGCUUUCUGUUGCUUUGCUGCUGAUAACAGAACAUAAAAAUAAUCCUUGACAUAAUUUAAAUCAAUAAAGUUAAACGCAGUGCCUUUCUGAAUGAAAGACGCAGAAAACACCAGGGGCCUCAAUUAGCAGAAUGUGCAUAAAACAAUUGUAAAACUGUGUGUAAUAGAUUGUCCAUAGACGAUAAGUAAGAUUUCAUUCAGUUAGAAUCGGCAUGAACAGGCUUGUUUACAUAAAGAAAAGGUGAUAUAUCCUCAAUAACAGCUCUACUGUGUCUUUCCGCUCAUUGUUUUGCUUUUACAGCCCACAGCUUUACAGUUUUGGUUUACUCUCGUCGCUCUGUUUCCAGCAAUAACGUUCUGAUAAACUCAUCGUACGCUGCCCCCCCCAGCCCCCAACGACAGACAGACAAACGUUAGCAACUAGCCAGAGAAGAAAAUGGAACAUUUAGCAGCUAAAGAGCUGGUGGAGACCAAAACAGAGUUAGAAGGAGAGUAAAUGCUUGACUUGAGAGACUAAGGUUGAUAUACUGCUAAAUUAGAUUCAGCAAAAAUAUAUAUGACACAAAUGUGUUUCAUUUAAGAGCAACGACAUUGUUCAAUUUAAAUUAAAAUCACCCUAAAAGAUUGGGUAAUCCUUUGAAUAUAUUGUCCAAUGGUAGACUGUGUGUGUCUGCCACUAGGGGCUUGUUACACACACCCGUUAACAUUAUCAGUUUCAAAUGUUUGAAGAUCAUAAAGCACAAGAAGAAUCUGAUUAAUCUGAUUCUCUGCGUCGGAAAUAAGCGUUUACACACAAUUUACGUACAAAAUUGUGCGUACGCACAACUGAUAAAUGAGGCCCCAGAUUUCGCAUAGAGGGACCCGAAAGUAACUGCAAGAAAUGAUGUUAUGUUGUUGAGUUUCAGUAGCAUCUCGAGGGCUGGAGAAAGUAAAGUUCCUGUUUGUAGGAAAGUAAAAAGGGAUUUAUUGUUAUUAGAGCAGGAAGAUUGAGCUGCACAGUCUGAUCCUCUCACCUGCUGAUGAUGUCUCAUUCCUGCCUAUCAGUAUUAUAUUUAUACAUGAUCACAUCUUCUUGUCUGUGAACUAUAUACUUAGGAUGUUUUUUUUGUUUUGUUUUUUAGUUGAAAGAAUAAAUGUGCCAAUGUGAAUCACCCGUGCGACACCCACACCCAUGCAUGAAGAGCACCACGUGGAGACAGAUGAGCGAAAUCUCUCCACAAGCUCACAACUGGUGCUGUUUUUUUACUAUUACCUACAACGACCUUAUUUUACUGUUGGAUGGUUUUGUUGUUUUGAAGGCACUGUGACUGGUCGGUGGCUGUGAGUGUUUGUAGAUUCUUGUUGUGUCGGACAGUGAAACUGUUGAAUCUGUAAGUGGCUGCUUGUUUCUUACCACACAAAUAAAGAGAUAAAAAUAACAUCUUGA